AUACGUCGACCAUUCUACUCCGGAUUAUCAAUAUGGCCAAUGGUUGCCACCUCAUCGCGGCAAGUCGAUGACGGAUGUCCUGUGAGUGCGAUAGACGGGUGAUACAUUAAAAUUUUCUCUUCGGGACGAUCACUGCGAAUCGUCGUUAAUAACUGGCAAAAUGAGUCACUUCGGUGUGGAGACCUUCCUGGCGAUUUUGCUGAUCGCUCAGGCUCAUUGCAUCAUGUUUUACCUGGAGCCGAACAGUCACAAGUGUCUGAAGGAGGAGGUGCACGCGAACGUACUCCUCACAGGCGAGUACGAAGUGUCUGAAGCAUUAGGUCAGAAGACAGACUAUGUAAUUCAAGAUUCCAAAGGACACAUAUUAUCCCAGAAGGAAGAUAUUCCCCAUGGAAAAUUAUUAAAGUUCUCCUUUGUCACUGAAACUUAUGACACUUUUGAGAUAUGCUUUAUUUCGCAUGUUCCAAACCAUCAACGAGGUGUUAAACAAGAAGUUUUGCUAAUCACAAAACGUGGUAUUGAGGCUAAGAGUUACGAAGGCUUGAUCGGCGAGGCGGCCAAACUGAAACCAGUGGAAGUGGAGUUGAAACGGUUGGAGGACCUGUCCGAGGCGAUAGUGCAAGAUUUUGCCCGAAUGCGCAAGAAUGAGGAGGAAAUGAGAGACACAAAUGAGACGACGAACACCCGAGUGCUGUACUUCAGCUUACUCUCGAUAUGCAUCCUCUUCGGCUUGUCCACGUGGCAGCUCUUUUACUUCCGACGUUACUUCAGGAUGAAGAAGCUCAUAGAAUAGACGGUGUCUUUGUUACCUGUAACUUCGUAUUCGAAUCGUCAAACACUUUUUAUAUUCGCCGCAACAUAGAAAUUGUACGAGACGAGUGUGUAAAAAGGAUGUUACAGAUCGUGUCAGCUCAUCGGGAUCGAUACGAUGUAGAAGUCCCUUAUCAUUUUGUCGCACAUCCCGGUGCGUACGCCCCGUUAUCGACAGCGCAUUAUUUAAGCGAGUGUAGGCUAAAUGAUUUCAUAAAUAAAAAAUUUAUUAACAUCGUA